CGGUAUCGUACAUUAUUACGUAACUCCUCGCGGCUCUUUCAUCGUGAUAAGUUUCUUUUUGAAACUAUCCCCAAAGAAAUACACAAUAAAUCACACAAAUAAGCGACUGAAUAUUCAACGAUAUAUUUGACCGUCUGUCACAAUAUUUUCCCUUUCAGUGACUUGAUAAUACAAAAUGUCUUUCUACGACAAUCACUACUAUUAUCUUAACAAAAGAUUCUUGUCCAUUAUCGGCCAAUGGCCAUUUCAAUCGCGACUGGAGAGUAACGUGAUGCUCGCUAUUACAUUAUUGUUCCUUUGCAGUUUGACGGCUUUAGAGUUCUUGGGCCUAAUAGCUGGAAUAACGAAUAUGAACAUCAUCAUGGAGAAUACAUCGCCGUUAUUGAUCAACAGCUUCAUCUUCGUGAAGCUAAUCAACUCUCUCUAUAAUAAGUAUAAAAUGAAGGAUCUUCUAGAGUGUAUCGAAGAGACCUGGAAGAUGACACAAAUCGGACCAGAAAAGGAAAUAUUGCGGAGUUACGCGAAGCAAAGCAAAACAUUAACGAUACAAUAUGCCCGUAAGUAACUUGAGUUAUACGAAAAUUAAAAAUUUGUUGUCAAAUCAGCUGGGUACUGAA